AAGGGGAGUGCCACCACAGAAAUGGAGGGCUAGGCUGCUGGGAACCAGCCCCCUCACACUUUCCACUGCGAAGCGAAACCCCGGGCCUUGGGCUGGGGGGCGGGCAGUGGGGAGGAGAAGCAGAAGGUCUGGGCCUGGAGGAGCAACUCAGAUUCUAGCUAGCUGUAGUGAGUGGGCUCGCCUGCCCUCUACUCAGGGCCCUAGCCCUGUCCUCUCUGGUCAUUGACUGUCCCGCUGUCCCCAGACCCCACUCCUGAAGGUCCUCUUUAUCCUACAUUCUUUGCCUCACCUCCCUCCUUGUGGAACUUCUCUUUUUUUUUUUUUUCCUCCCAGGACCUUUUUCUGAACUCCCUUGCAGGACCUGUGAAGCCCGGGGCCACAGAGGAGAUGAGGCAGGAUCUGUUCCUUGACCUUUUGCUUCUGCAGCUGCUUUGGGAAGCUCCAGUUGUGUCUUCAGGGCCUGGGAAAGAGCUCUUCGUGGUGUGGGCCCAGGAGGGAGCUCCUGUCCAUCUUCCCUGCAGCUUCGAAUUUCUCCACCUGGAUCCCAACUUUCUGCGAAGAGGAUGGGUCACCUGGCAACAUCGACCAGACAGUGACCAACCCGCUUCCAUCCCGGCCCUUGACCUUCUCCAGGGAAUGCCCUCGACUAGGAGACACCCACCCCACCGCUACACGGUGCUAAGCGUGGCUCCAGGAGGCCUGCGCAGCGGGAGGCAGCCCCUGCUAUCCCACGUGCAGCUGGAGAAGCGCGGCCCCCAGCGCGGGGACUUCUCUCUGUGGUUGCGCCCAGCUACGCGCAAAGAUGCGGGCGAGUACCACGCCUUCGUGCGCCUCCCGGACCGGGACUUCUCCUGCAGUCUCCGCUUGCGCGUCGGCCAGGCCUCGAUGAUUGCCAGUCCCCCAGGAACCCUCAAGCCGUCUGAUUGGGUCAUUUUGAACUGCUCCUUCAGUCGUCCUGACCGCCCAGUCUCUGUGCACUGGUUCCAGGGCCAGAGCCGAGUGCCCGUCCACAACUCACCCCGUCAUUAUUUAGCUGAAAGUUUCCUCUUACUGCCCCAAGUCAGCCCACUGGAUUCCGGGACCUGGGGCUGUGUCCUCACCUACAGAGAUGGCUUCAAUGUCUCCAUCACGUACAACCUCAAGGUUCAGGGUCUGGAGCCCGGAGCCCCUUUGACCGUGUACGCUGCUGAAGGUUCUAGGGUGGAGCUGCCCUGUCACUUGCCCCCUGUUGUGGGGACCCCUUCUUUGCUCGUUGCCAAGUGGACUCCUCCCGGGGGAGGUCCUGAGCUCCCGGUGGCUGGAAAGAGUGGCAAUUUUACCCUUCAACUUGAGAAUGUGGGUCGGGCACAGGCUGGGACCUACACCUGCAGCAUCCAUCUGCAGGGGCGGCAGCUCAGUGCGGCUGUGACGUUGGCAGUCAUCACAGUGACUCCUAAAUCCUUCGAGUCACCUGGCUCCCCGCAGAAGCUGUUAUGUGAGGUAGUCCCGGCAUCUGGAGAAGGAAGAUUUGUGUGGCGCCCCCUCAACGAUCUGUCCAGGAGUUCCCUGGGCCCUGUGCUGGAGUUGCAGGAGGCCAGGCUUCUGGCUGAGCAAUGGCAGUGUCAGCUGUAUGAGGGCCAGAAACUUCUUGGAGCAACAGUGUACACCGUAGAGUCUAGCUCAGGCGCCCGGAGUGCUAAGAGAAUCUCAGGUGACCUUAAAGGAGGCCAUCUCUUCCUCUUUCUCAUCCUUGGUGCCCUUGCCUUGUUCCUCUUGGUGACCGGGGCCUUUGGCUUUCACCUGUGGAGAAGACAGUUGCUACGGAGAAGAUUUUCUGCCUUAGAGCAUGGGAUUCGCCCACCUCCGGCUCAGAGUAAGAUAGAGGAGCUGGAGCGAGAACCGGAGACCGAGAUGGAACUAGAGACAGAGCCCGAUCCGGAGCCUCAGCCGGAGCCGGAGCUGGAACCAGAGCCCAGGCAGCUCUGACCUGGAGCUGAGACAGCCAGCAGCAGGUCUCAGCAGCUCCGCC